GCAUUUCUGGCUUCACGCCGUUUGUUCCAGAAACCGAUCCACACAGCGCCGCCCGCCGCUACUCCUAAACAAACCAGCCCCACUCACUCAGCCCCGCCGCGAUGCUCACUCACCUGUUAGCCAGUUAGCCUGAGCUAAACUGUCAACAGAGCUCAGCUCUGAACCGUUUCGCUUUAGCCCGCGCAGCUAGUUUAACUCACACCAGGAGAACUCAGCGUUCAGUCUGCGGGGACAAUCAGCAGCCGAACAAAGAAACGGAGGAAAUGGCAACAGCGACAGUGGUAGAAGCCGACCCCACGACCGCCGAUGAUGGUGCUAGCGCUUAUUCAGGUGUUCACACUUCAGCCUGGACUGACUCUCAGCUUCGGCAGUACCCUUUCCAAACGCGACAGAUCCCGCGGCUAUCGCACACGGACCCUCGGGCAGAGCUGCUAAUCGAUAACGAGGAACCUGUUGUAUUAACAGACACCAACUUGGUGUAUCCAGCACUCAAGUGGGACAUAAAUUACUUGCAAGAGAACAUCGGCAAUGGGGACUUCUCUGUGUACAUUGCUGAAAACCAUAAAUUCUUAUAUUACGAUGAGAAGAAAAUGUCAAACUUUGAGAACUUUGUGCCAAAAUCACGCCGGAUAGAGAUGAAGUUUUCCGAAUUUGUAGAAAAGAUGCAUCAAACACAGGAGCUGGAUGGAAAAGAGAGAGUAUACUUGCAGCAAACCCUAAACGACACAGUUGGGCGGAAAAUUGUUGUGGAUUUCUUGGGAUUCAACUGGAACUGGAUCAACAAACAGCAAACCAAAAGAAACUGGGGACAGCUAACAUCUAAUCUGCUGCUCAUAGGCAUGGAAGGAAAUGUGACACCAGCACACUAUGAUGAGCAGCAGAAUUUUUUUGCACAAAUAAAAGGUCACAAGAGGUGUAUUCUUUUUCCUCCGGACCAGUUUGAGUGUCUCUACCCCUACCCUGUUCAUCAUCCAUGUGACAGACAGAGCCAGGUUGAUUUUGAAAACCCUGAUUAUGAAAGGUUUCCAAAAUUUAAAGAUGUUGUUGGGUAUGAGGCUGUUGUUGGACCAGGUGAUGUGUUACACAUCCCAAUGUACUGGUGGCAUCACAUUGAGUCCCUAUUAGAUGGAGGGGUUACAAUCACUGUCAACUUCUGGUACAAGGGAGCUCCUACUCCAAAGAGGAUAGAGUACCCACUGAAAGCCCAUCAGAAGGUGGCCAUUAUGAGGAACAUUGAAAAGAUGUUGGGAGAGGCCCUGGGGGACCCACAUGAGGUCGGCCCAUUACUGAACAUGAUGAUCAAGGGGCGUUACGAGCAAGGUCCAAGCUAAUCGACUUCGCACUUGGUUUUGUGUGCGUUUGGACGGAUGCUGUUUGUGAGAGUGUAGGGAUGUGCGAGUGUUUGCUUGUCUACAUUUAGACUGUUAAAUUGACAAUGUCUGGCAGUGUUUUGGCUGCCUGUAUUUAAGUCUGCUUUGAUUGUCUCAAGUUAUUGUCUUGUUAGUCCUAUAUCUAUUCAAGGAAGGUACCACUAUACAGAACUUGGUGCAUCAUUUGAGUCAUAAGCAUAUAGUUGGUGCAUAUUGAUGAGUGACAUGCUGCAGCAAGGAGGGGGAAGAACCAUUCAAAGCACAGAUACAUCUACCGUACCACCUCUUUUCAUUGUUGAUUGCAUGGUGCCAAAACAAUAUAUUGAAUUCCUACAGUUUGUAGACCUUGUUCAUAAGCAAAGGUUAUCCACAAAACAUGACGGUUAUUUAGCAGGUUUCAAGUAAGCUUAACUAGAAUCACUCACACUUACAAUUUUAAAGUAUAAAAGUAAUUUGUGCAACCAAAAAAAAAAACAACAAAAAACCCUCUUUUGAAUGAUUUAAAAUCUAAGUUGUAUCUAGUUGUAUUAUCCCUGUUAUGGCCUAAAAUGUUUUGUCACUAGGUUUGAGGUUAACAGGAGCAGUCAACAGGAAGUAUUGUUUUAAAAUGCUGAAGGAACACGUGGCCCUGUCAUAGAUGGAUAACUAAAUGAAGUCUGAUGAUUGCUAAGUAUUUCUACAUUGUUUUUUUUUUUUUUUUCUGUUCAUUCAGGCAUAUGUUUUAUUCACCUCUUGUUCGACUUGUAUAUUUGUUUGAAUGUAACAUAUUUUGUUUUACAUGUGGUACAUUUUCAGGACUGUAAUUGCAAGUGAGGGCAAGUAUGUAAUUUAAUGUACUGUAUUUACAAGGCAUUUUCAGUAAAUUGCUGUCUAAAAUCAAUAAAAGCAAUGUUAUGGAUAUAACUCAAGUAUUAUCAUUAUUAAAACCCGUCAGGCUUUUGAUAAUGGUAAUGAUCUGAAAACAAGUAUUAUUACUGUUUUCUGUUAUAGUAUUUAUAAAUAAUUCUAUAAUCCAAAAUCAAGCAAAAAGAAUGCGGAGUCUCUGAUGUGCUUAAUGCCACAGAUUUGAUUAACCUUGAUCUUAUUUAUCUAUUAGUUUAUCUGUAUAAUGUAGGUAACAUCAUUCAUGAUUUCAGUUUAAGAUGUCAGUAUUUGUUAUCUUGGCCAUGGUACUCUGUUUAAAGAAAAAAUAAAAUACAAUGCAUUAAGCAUUUUUGUAUAGUCCAUAAAUGAUCACAAUGAAUCAGCCCACGUUUAUACUUUUGAUUAUAUAACGUGGGCUAUUAUGCAUUGAACAUGGUAGAAUGUAGUGUUGGUUAGUGUAUGUUACUUCCUGCAUAUGUGCCAAAUUCAUUUUCCUAACAUGGAGUCGAAUAUGCUUGAACAUCUGAUUAAUGGAUUUAGUUAAAAAACAAAUCGUUUUUAGAAAUCUUUUUAAAAGCCUAAAGACAACAUUGUCUUUUAUAAUGGAGGUUGAAGGAGAGAAAGUUGUUACAGCACUUAACCUAACUAAGAAUUUGAGCACUUAAAUGAUUUAAAAAAUAUCCCAAUAGUAAUCGUAGCGAUGUAGAAAACACUUGCAACUCCUUCUGAUUUAGCUCUGAAGGGUGAAAAUAAAAGACUGCAAUUACA